CGCGGGACAGAACGCAGAGAGCCGCCGCCCGGCUGGGCGUGGAUGGAGCUGGCGGAGCGCGCGCGGUGCCGGGGGUGAGCGGCGGAGAGGCCGAUCGGCCGGACCUCAGCGGACUCGCCAUGGAGGGGGAGGGUAUGAAGGAGGGAGGCGAGAAGCCUCGGGGCGCACGGAUGGCGGACAAGGCUGGUUGGAUCAAGAAGAGCAGCGGGGGCUUCCUGGGACUCUGGAAAGACCGCUAUCUGCUGCUCUGCCAGGCCCAGCUGCUGGUCUACGAGAACGAGGAUGAGCAGAAGUGUGUGGAGACAGUGGAGUUGGGCAGCUAUGAGAAGUGCCAGGACCUUCGUGCCCUCCUUAAGCGGAAACACCGCUUUAUCCUGCUUCGAUCCCCAGGGAACAAGGUCAGCGACAUCAAAUUCCAAGCACCCAGCGGGGAGGAGAAGGAAUCCUGGAUCAAAGCCCUCAAUGAAGGGAUCAACCGAGGCAAGAACAAGGCCUUUGAUGAGGUAAAGGUAGACAAGAGCUGUGCCCUGGAGCAUGUGACACGGGACCGGGUGCGUGGGGGCCAGCGGCGCCGGCCACCUACAAGAGUCCACCUGAAGGAGGUAGCCAACGCAGCUUCUGAUGGACUUUUGCGCCUGGACCUGGACGUUCUGGACAAUGGGCCGCCAGUGUUUGCCCCCAGCAAUGAUGUCAGUGCAGCCCAGCCCCGGGAGAUACUCCGGCCCCCCAUGCCUCCUACCAAGCCUUCCCCAGCGCCUGAGAUGACCAGCCUCAGUGACAGAGUGGAAACCCCUGUGGGCGAGAGCGUCCCAACCCCUGUCUCAGCAAACUCUGAGGCCCACCCUGAGAGCCAAGAGGAUUCACAGACCCUGGUGGCAAAGGACGGUGGCUUUGAACAGCCCCCCAACAAGGUCUUGCCUGACAAACUGAUGGUGAGCUGGGAGAACCCCAGCCCCAGGGAGCCUCCUGACAAUGAGAAUGCGGAACCACCGCAGACACUCUGCUCUGAGUCUUCUGAGGCUAUGCCCAAGGAAGGGGGGAAGCCCCCUACACCCCCACCCAAGAUCUUGUCAGAGAAACUGAGAGCCUCCAUGAAUGUGAUGGAGCCUUUGGGGCCAGCCCAGAGUCCUGGGGCCCCAGAGACCUCCGCCUCAGGCACAGCUCAAGUCUCAGUGAAUGGCGUGGAUGACAGUCCUGCGCCUGUCAAGUUAUCCCAGGCUGCGGGCACCCCAGGGGCUCCCCCAAAGAAUGCAACAGCAUCCACAGCACUGCCACCCUGGGACCAGCCACCUCAGUUUCAUCCCCGCUGCUCCUCCGUGGGGGACCUGCUUGGGGAUGGCUCCCAGCGUCCAAGGCAGCCUGGGGCACGGCUGUACCGGGCCCAGCUGGAGGUGAAGGUGGCCUCGGCACAGACGGAGAAACUGUUGAACAAGGUGCUGGGCAGUGAGCCGGCCCCUGUAAUCGCUGAGACCUUGCUCAGCCAGGCCGUGGAGCAGCUGAGACAGGCCACCCAGGUCCUGCAGGAAAUCCAAGAUCUGGGAGAGCUGAGCCAGGAAGCACCUGGGCCACGCGAGAAGCGGAAGGAGUUGGUGACUCUCUAUAGGAGAAGUGCACCCUAGGGCCCGCCAGGCCAGGACACUGUCCCCUUGGCCAGCCUAGUCUAUCAGAGCCCUGCUGAGAAAUGUUCUUCUGCUCAGUGUGUGUUGAAGGGCCGUCGGGCAUGGCAGGGUUUGGCCAGGACCUGCAGAAACUCCUGGUAUCCUUCCUGCCCUGCCUUGGCCAGUGGUGCCAGGUGCCACCCGGGGCCACUGUCUGGCUAUCUGGCCCAGCCUCUGGGCUCUGACUUGGGCUGGGAGCACACACUCAGGACCUCUGUGCUUGCAUGGUUGUUCUGAAAUGCCGCCGGGCUUUGGCACAGCCCUGCGGGGGUUUUGGGGGUGGCGUAAUCUCUGCUUCUCAGCCCCAGUAGUUUACAUUCCUGACUUCUGAAUAGAGCACAGCUGAGCUCCCCGCACCUCCGUGUCCAGAGAGCCCUAGGCAGAGAGCCUCAUGGCAAAGGAAGCUUCAAGCCCUAACCAGCCCUCCCACCCACAUAUUCCGAGUAGCUGCUGAGACCCUGGGUCCAGGCUGUAGGUUCAUACCUCAGUUGAGUAAGACCUGGAACUUAGCGAGGGCCUUUGAAGGCAGGUGGGAGGCAUCUGUGUGAGAAAGCCAUUCGCUGUGUCCCCUCUCUGGGCCUGUGCUAUUCUGCAGCCUUCCCCUCUGGUGAGCUCUGACCAGAGGACCCCAGGGUGGAGGAGGGACUCGAAGGGUCUCCCUGCCUCGCGACCAGCUUGUGUCCAGCCUUGUACAUUCCUAUAGCGGUGAACCCCAGAAUGGCCCUGAGGUCAACGUCAGAAACUCCUACAUGUAACUCAUUAUAAAUCAACCUUUAGAAGAGAAGCCACCCCAACUUCUGUGCCUCCCCAGAUGGGAUUUAUAUCUGGGUCUCUGUGGUUCCUCCUCAACUCAAAUAGGUCCAAUAUCCCAGUCAUGUCCUCUAAUGCUGAGGGGGUACGUCGGGGCCUGAAACCACUUCCCUCUCCCCUCUUCCCUGCACCCCUCUGGCUCAGGCACCAGAUGGACUGCUCCUCCUGAACUUCCUAGUGGAAGGAAACUUCUCCUGGUCCUUCACUGGCCUGUGCCUGCAGCCUGGACCUCUCCCUAGGGCGCUGCUCCCCGCCCUCCAUCAUCCCUGGCUCUGGGAGCACGCCCAGUUUCCAUCCUGCUGCAGCAGCUGCACUGAGGGCAGAGCUUGUAGGUGCAGAGGACCUGAAGGCCACAGCCACUCUCCCUGGGGCCUGUAGGAGUGGGAGAAGUUCCUGGCAGGAGCUGCUCAGUGGGUUUCUGCAUUUGCACUUUUGUUUACUGAAAGAGGAGAGGGAGGGUCACAGCUUCAUGCUCUGGUCUUUCUGCCCACUUCCCCACAUCUAUCCACCAGUCGUGCCCACAGGCCUGCCAGCGCAGGUCACUGCCUUCCUUACUGUACUUCUGCUUUGUUCUUGAGGGUAAUAGCCAGGGAUCAGGAGAGGCAGAUGUCCACUCCAUGGCCUGUACCGGGCAGGGGUGGGGUAAGCAGCGAUCUCAUAGCUCUUGAGCCCUCAUGGGCCUCCCCAAACCACACUCCUUGGACAAACUAGGCUCCCAUGCCACAGUCUGCCUGUUUCUCCAUCUGUGUCUAAUAUGAGAGCAAGAAUGUCAUCAGAUACUCACAGUCACAUGGCCCCCUAUCUUCCUUUGGGGAACAGCUUUCCGCCACCAGCAGCUGGGGCUAUCUGGGGCUUUAACCAAGUCACCUGCUUCCAGGGACUAGAGCCUCCUUUUCCUCUUCUGAUAAGCGUGACCAGGCUAAGCGAGUUUCUCUGGGGCUAGCUACCUCAGUGGCCUAAUGCCGUUGGUUCCUGUGGGGCUCCCAUGCCUUGGCAGCCUGGGCCCCAAGGGGGAAGCCAGCUUUCAAGGGAGGGGGAAGAGGAUGGGGAAUACGCAGGUGCCGCCUUGCCUGCGUCUCGAGGAGGAUGGCAUUCCAUGUCUUCUGCUUAUGAAGCGCCUUUCUUGAAGUUUGGCAAUAAAUCCCUUUUUAUGGAACUUUUCUGCCGCAAGCCUGUUUGUUGGUGUGGGACCAGCUCCAGGGCUGACCUCGGAAGCGGAGGGUAGGCGGUUGGUCAGUGGCUUCCCCAGCCCUCCAAACCCGUUGUAGGGCACCUUUCCCAUAGGAUGUCUGGGCACUGCCCUGCCACAGUGUUCCUUCUUGGCCAAACUCAGCCAGGACCCCAACUUUAGGCACACACGUUUCUACAGGCUGGGGGCUAAUUUUCAGUUUUUAAAAGCUUUAUUUGGAAAUAAUUUCAAACAGAAAAGUUGCAAGAAUAAGAAUAGCACAAAGAACACCCUUAUACUCUAUGCAGAUUGACCCAUUGGUUUAUCUUUUGAGCACUUUCUCUCACAUACACACUUUUUUCCCCCCUGGAAUCAUUGGAAAGUUAGUUAUCACGGUCCCUUACCCCUGAAUACUUCAGUGUGUAUUUCCUAAAAAAUGAGCAUAUUCUCUUAUGUAACCACAGUACCGUUAUUAUCAACUUCAAUAUAUUUAACACUGAUAUAAUAGUUAAUAUUCCCACUUUGUCAUUUGACCCAAUAAUAUCCUUUAUCAUAUGUUUCCUCCAUUGUAGGGUCAGAUAUUGCACAUGUUUCUUUAGUCUCUAAUCUGAAAUGUUGCCACAGCCUUUCUUUAUCUUUCAUGACAUGGUCAUCUUUGAAAAAUACAGUUCUUUCCCCCUACCCC